AGGCGUAGCAAGGACUUGUGUCGACUGGACUGAGUACGCGCGACAGGACGAUGGGAGAUUCAGAUGCUGGAGAGAAGCAAAUACGUGUUGGACUUAUUAUCCACAAGUAGGAGGUUGGAAAGGGGAGAUUCAAGGAUGGAAACGGACUGUAGGUCUGCAUGGGCGUCAAGACCAUCCUGCCCACCGACCGGUGCAUUGUAUACAGUGAAUCUCAUCUUCCAUUGGAUAAUGGCGCUCUGGAGUAUUCAGUGUGGAUUCGCUGAAACAACGUCGAACAAGAGUAUGGAUGGGGAGUUGAGAAUCACGGGUAUGCCUCCAACAGGGGGAGACAGUAGCAUUGAGCCAUUGCUUGUGAGCUCUUGUACUAAAGUCAGUGGGAGAGUGAUGGACUCCCUGCACUUUUCGGACAAUGAUCUUAAGCCUUUGCAACGAUCAGAUGGACGAGCACGCAUGGACGGGAAGACAGGGAAAGUUGUGCAGAGUGCACAACUGCAUCAUCUAUGCAGAUUUCUCCUAGAGUUGUCAGAAGGCCAACCCAUCACAAGCAGUGAACAUCCAUUUUCAGAACGAAGCUGGAGUGAUGCUCCAUGGAAUCCGCAAGCAAGGGGGCGUGCACUCAACUUCUAUGGACACUUUUUUCAUGAAGGCAUGAAUGAAUGGCGGACAAUGGAUGAUCGAACAGCUGCAAUCUCUGCAGAAAACCAGAGAAUGAACUUGCAUACUGAAAGGACGGGAGCUCUUGUAACACCGAAUGGUGGGGACAUGCCAACACAGACCGGUAACAUGACUCUCAACCCUCGCUCUCGAAGCAGGAAUGCAUUAACUACAUGGCGCAGAAGAACUGCUCAAGUAAAUCUGACCUCUUUUCCAGCCGAGGCAGACCAGUUGGCAAUCGAUCAGCUCAACGCCGGCAGUGCUGAACUUGUAAGUGCUUACCAAGCACAAUGGACAGCGGUGCUCAACGGGAUGCGUUAUGUCCCGGUACCCGGCAGCGAGCCGACAACAGUACAGCGAGAGAGGCAAGACCUGGCAGAUAUUCUACUCCAUACAAUGCGCGCCGUCAUUUGGAACAACUCCAUGGGGGAGCUGCAUUCCCGGUCCACACUGCAACUGCAUCACGACCUGAGCCACAACGUGAAGAUACUUGCAGCAGCUGUCAAGGUCGCGGACAACCAGUUGAAACAGCUGGAUGCACGCAUUGCUACCUUGGAGGCAAGGCCUCCCCAAGCAGCGCCAGGCUGCACGCCAGAUAUGACAGACACGACGAAGCAGCUCAAUGGGCGCAUCGAUCAUGUCGUCAAUCUCAUCGGCGACAUAGGUGUCUUCAAUGGGCCAGACACGAUCAGUAGCACGGUGGCCGCCAUCAAGACGAACAUCACCAAGCUGCAGACGAAACCGGACGCCGCUACGAAGAGUUACAAGAUGCCACACUUCGACAUCAGCAAGUUCGACGACCACAACAAGACGGACGCCUUGGCAUGGUGGCAACAUUUCCUUACGGAAGCAUCCUGCCGCACUGUCCCAGACGACUACAUGAUGAAGGCGCUAUACUUACAGCUGAUUGGAGGAGCGCAGGCAUGGAUGAACCACCUGGCGGCUACCCACACAUGCACCAUCGCCGAACUUCACACGCACAUCACGUGGAAGGAGUUCGAGCAGCUAUGGUUCACCCGGUUCAUGGUCCGCAAU